AUGAGAAGCAUCCAUGAAGAUGAUGUCUAGUCAUUCCCCAAGCAGAACCAUGAAUACAGAAAGAAAUCCUCUCUUGACUUUUAAGGGGUCAGAUCAAACAUAUUCCUAAAGACCAAACCAUAGUCUUAGAGUAAAAUGGGAUGGUGGGUCAAUUUGUAUUCUUGGAUAGCAUUUUCAAUGCUAGGAGUAAUUGUCGGACUAUUUGCUUUUAUAGUAGAUGUACUGACUGAGUAACUCACUCUUUGGAAAUGGCAAAUCACAGAGACAGUGUUUAAUGUCAGUAUUAUGCUUGGAUGGAUUACUUUCAUUGUAUUCAGUCUUUUAUUCGGAGGGACUGCUGCGAUUCUAACAGUAUUUAUGGGUCCGGGAGCAGCUAGUGGUGGAACACCAGAGCUAAUGGGGUAUCUGAACGGGAUUAACUAUCCCUAGUUUAUAGGAUUAAACACUCUCUUCGUCAAAGUUGUUGGACUCGGACUUGCUGUAUCAUCCGGAUUAUGUAUCGGAAAAGAGGGGCCUUUAGCUCAUAUUGGUGCUAUUUUAGGGCAUUGCACUCUUUACCUUCCGCUUCCAAUGAUGGAUUACUUUAGAAAUGAUGCUGAUAAGAGAGAAAUAGCAGCGGCUGGAGCAGCUGCAGGUGUUGCCGCAGCUUUUGGUUCACCAAUAGGAGGGUCAUUAUUUGCUUAUGAAAUUUCUAGGCCUUCAACUUUCUGGUCAUUUGGAUUGACAUGGAAGAUUUUCUUUUGCUCAAGCAUCAGCACUUUUGUGCUAAAUAUUCUAAGCAGUUAUAAAAGAGGCGAAGAUGUGAGAAUUAUGAAUGCUGGUCUCAUCAAAUUUGGGUAAUAUGACCAAAAUCCAUACAAAUUGCAUGACUUGCCAUUUUUUAUGAUAAUCGGAGUAUUUGGAGGUCUUCUCGGUGCUAUGUUCAUCAAUAUAAACUUUAGAGUGGCACAAUAUAGAAAGAAAUACUUAACUGAUAAUUGGAAAAAGGUACAUGAAGUAAUCAUAUUAGUAGCUUUGACUGCCACUGUGAUAUAUUUUGCACCUAUGAUGCUUUAUAACGACUGUCUUUAAGAGGAAGAAGGAAAUAUUGAGGCUAGAUUUAUUAGAUAUGCAUGCGAUAAGGGAAAGUACAAUCCUCUUGCCACUUUUUUAUUCAAUCCAGAAAGUACUGUCAUUAAGGCUCUUCUAAGUAAAAAUGCAUAAUUUGACUAUGCAUAACUUACCCUCUUCUUCGUUAUUUGGUAUUGCUUUACAGUUCUUAGUUAUGGAUCAUCAGUGCCAGCAGGAUUAUUCUUACCAGGUAUUAUGAUUGGUUGCGCUCUUGGUAGAAUCACUGGACAUUUCAUUGAGAAUAGAAUAAUCGGAGACAUCAGACCCUCUACUUAUGCAAUUAUAGGCUCAGCCAGUAUUUUAGCAGGCUAUACUCGGCUAUCUUUCUCUCUCGCAGUUAUCAUGCUUGAGACCACUGAAAAUGUAGGGCUAUUCCUACCCAUUAUCUCAGCUUUAUUCGUAUCUUUUGGAAUCGGAAGACUCUUCAAUAGAUCAUUAUACGUGGAGUCACUUAAAGCAAAGAACAUUCCUUUUCUAAUUGAAGAAGUUCCCUAAUGUAACAAAGAUCUCACUGCUUGUAAGCUGAUGACUUCUCCAGUGUAGAGUUUUACUAUAUAGCCAACAGUUUCACAGAUAAUAGAGACAAUUUAAAGUAACGAUUUUAAUGGUUUUCCAAUUGUGGGUGAAGAUCGAAGACUAGUUGGACUUAUAAGCAGAUAGCAUUUAGUGGUUUUACUCAAUAAGCAGUGCUGGAGAGUUAAGACUAAUGAUACUCCAAUUUCGACAGAGGGAAGGGAUUCACUAGGAAGCAGAUCUGAUAAAUCUUCAAACAUAUUAGUCAAUAGUGGAGAUAAAAGAAGUGUAAAUGACUAGAGUCCUCAUGAUAAAGGCAAGAAACCUAGAAUUGUUUUGGACGAAAAUGAUAUUCAGAGUACUGGUGAAUUACCUUAGGAUUAAGAUAGUCCAAAUCAACUAGCGACCAAGAAGUAAAAGGCUAAUAAGAAGUACUAAUAACUAGACGAGGAGACUUAGUAAGAAAGUUCGUUUGGCAGCGAUUAGUCCUACUAAUAUGAUUUCUAUUCACUUACAUGGAGAGAUUUCAAUAUGAAUUUCCAUUCUCAUGUUCCAUCUCUCUCGGAAAAGGCUUUACUUUGUUGUGAGCAGAACUAUGAUAAAGUUAUUGAUUUGAGAGCAUUUAUGAUUGAGAAGCCAUUUAAUGUGUAAUCAAACUACUCUAUCCAGUAAGUGGUAGAAUUAUUCAGGUAAAUGAAUUUGAGGCACUUGCCAGUUGUAAGUGAACUUGAUAAUAAGUUGGUUGGAAUAAUCACUAGGCAAGAUAUAUUCGCAUAUAUGACAAUGUGA